AUGGUCUCGAUAACCAGAUGCGAUGACAGUGAAAUCACAGAAAUGAAUGAUACUGUAAGAAGAAUUGUCCAUGAAGUGAAUAUCAUUGAUAUUUUUUCUAAAGGACGGUCAGAUUGGCCAGAUUUCAUAGACAUAAAAUUUGGACUUCCUUAUUGCACCUACGAUUACAAUGCAAGAGUAUUUGGUGAGCUUUUUCAUUGUGAAAGAGACGACAAAAUCAUACCAGAUUCGAUGAUUUGUAUUUAUGCCCUAGAUGCCAGCGGUUACCUGACUGGAUGUAGGUCUGGAGACCAUUUACAAAAUUGUGAAAAUUUCAUUUGUCCUGAAAAUACAGUGAAAUGUCCUGGAAGUUACUGUAUUGAGCAGAGAUUUCUAUGUGAUGGGCAUAUCGAAUGUCCUGGAGGAGAAGACGAACACGAUUGUACGUGUACAAACUCGGAUAAAGAAGUUAUCUUAUUUGUGGAAGAUUCGGACUCUGAGAGUGAAGAAACAGCAAUGCAUUUAGCUAAACAAUUUUUUACAAGCACUGAAAAAAGUAUCGUAAGAUUGUUUUACUUUAAGAGACUGCAUAGUUCAAUUGAGACUGACAUUACAGAUAGUAUGUUGGAAAUCAGAAAAGAGCGUGUGAAUUCAGAAUGUGAAACUGAGUGCAAGUAUGAAACAUUGCCAGCAGAUUUGUUAAAAAAUCUACAAUUUUCCAAAUCAGAAAAAAGAGCUAUUAUCAUGCUUGAAAAUAGCGAUGAAUCGUCAAUUGUUACUGAGUUAGCAUUGUCCAAUCUCUCUGAACCAGUUUUUUCAAUAUAUAGAGUGAUAAAAGAUUUCAGUUUGUCACUUUAUAAGACUGAAAGAUACAAAUUUGUGAAAGAUAUACACAUCAGAACAUGGAGUUCGCUAUUUUCGACAGGAUUUAGGCGUUUUCCAGAAAUAUGUACAGAGGCUUCAUAUGUUCCAUGUGCUGGAAUGUACAGAUGUUCUUCAAGUAAGCAAUGUAUACCACUUAAACAACUGUGUGAUAAAGUCAUUCAUUGCAAUAAUGGUGAUGAUGAGCUCCUGUGUGAUUCUGUGUGUCCUCCGAAAUGUAAUUGUACUGGUGAUUUUAUUAACUGUAGAGCUGCCGACAUAUCUAUAUCUGAUAUCUCAUCACUGACAAUAAAGGCAAGGAGUGCUGAUCUAAGUAAAAAUAAAAAAAUAAAAGAAAUAUACAAAGACAAUUUACGUUUUCCUUUCAUGUUACGACUUAAUAUUUCGUCGUGUGACAUUCACCAUAUUGAUAAACAAGCUUUCUAUGAAAUACAAAAUCUGUUAUCACUGGAUCUAAGUAGUAACAGAAUACGAGAGUUAUCGGACAGGGUAUUUAGCAGGCUUGGUCAUUUAACCUACUUGAAUCUAGAAAGCAACUUUGAAUUAGAAAAGAUUUCAUCUACAGCUUUUAAAGAUUUAAAAGCAUUAAGAAACAUAAGAAUUUCAGGCACAAACCUGAAAAAAAUAAGCUCAUUUACAUUCUCUGGCUUACAGUUAGAAAGUUUAGAUAUUUCUAACAACAAAAUUGAAGAAAUUGAAGACAAUGCAUUCAGCAAUUCCCUUGUUCGUAAAAUCAAUUUUGAAGGAAAUAAUGUGAUAAGUUUUGGAAAAUUUAUGUUAAAUGGCGUAACAUCACUUCAAGAACUUCAUACACCUGCAUUUAAAUUCUGUUGUAUUGUUCGUCCAUCUUACGUUCCUGAAGAAAAUUGCAAACCAUUAAGAAAUGAAUUUUCUUCAUGCGAUGAUCUGAUGAGAAACUCUGUACUUCAAGCAGUUCUGUGGAUAGUUGGGGUAGCUUCAUUGUGUGGAAACCUCUCGUCAAUCAUUUACCGUCUUGUCUACGAUCGAGAAAGGCUUAAAAUAGGUUAUGGCAUAUUUGUAACUAACCUUGCAGCAGCCGAUUUCCUGAUGGGAGUGUACCUUAUCAUAAUAGCAAUUGCUGAUUCACUCUACAGAAACAGGUACUGA